AUGUCAGUGAAAGUCCAAAUUGGAGCACCAGCCCCAAACUUCACGACAGAAGGUGUAGUAGAUGGAAGCUUCAAGAAAAUCUCUUUAUCUGAUUAUAAAGGGAAAUGGGUGGUCCUCUUCUUCUAUCCCCUGGACUUCACCUUUGUCUGCCCUACGGAAAUUAUCGCCUUUUCGGACCGUAUUGAAGAAUUCCGGAAGCUCAAUGUUCAACCGAUUGCAGCAUCUACAGAUUCUAAGUUCUCUCACUUGGCUUGGAUAGAGCGACCUCGCACUGACGGCGGGUUAGGCAAAAUGAACAUCCCAGUUAUUGAAGACACUAACCAUUCAAUAAGUAGGGCGUAUGGAGUUCUUAAGGAAGAUGAAGGAGUGGCAUAUCGUGGCCUUUUUAUCAUUGACCCUCGAGGUGUCCUCCGUCAAAUAACUAUUAAUGACAUGCCCGUUGGGCGGUCUGUCGAUGAAACCAUCCGACUUGUCCAAGCGUUCCAAUAUGUUGAAGAACACGGCGAGGUAUGUCCUGCCGGUUGGAAGCCAGGAAGUGCAACAAUCAAACCUGACGUACAACAAAGCAAAGAGUAUUUCAGGAAGAGUAAUUAA